UGUCGUAUUACUUGUGUUUCCUAUUAAUUAAUUUUCUUAAAUUGUAUGUUGUGUAGUUUAUCUAAAGAAUUCAAUAUUACACUUGAUUUCUUUCCGAACUUAUUGCCCCACAAAAUGUCUGAUACCUUUAAAUAAUUUGUUCUGUGACUAUGCCUAGAUUUUAUAGGUUAAAUAAUUCAUUCAUCCUUAAAAAAUUGCAUUUAGGAUACCAAACUUUCAACAAAGGUGUUUAUCCUUCUCUGCCAUGCUAACUUCUUGAUCAGAAACGUCAAGAAAAGUCUGGUCCGUCCAUCGGAGACUAAUACUAUGCCUCCUAAGAAAACAUCCAACAACAAUUCUUCAGCGGCAGUAAAGAAAACAAAAAGAAAUGUUAAACCCAGUAAGAGGCAACCUAAGAAAAACCUAACCAAAAGGUCCCCUAAGUCAACAUCACUAUUGAAAUUUGUGAAUAAUCCAACAGUAACUUCUACUUUAAAAGAUUCUAAACAGGAAGGAGAGGAAUCAUUCAAUUUGAGUGCCUACCUUUGUGAAUGCACUCUGCAGACUUCAGUGGCUUCAGAAAUUAUACCUGAGAAUGAAAUCCCCUCAAAUGAUGUAACAUCACCAAAAAAAUCACCAAAAAAGAAUACUACAAGAAAAGAAAAUAUUACUAAGAAAUCUAGGAAAGUUGUAAAGGAAAAUAGUCAUAGCAGUCAAAAUGAAAUAUUUAGCCCUUCAUUUCUCUGUGAAAGUAUACUAGAAGAUAAUCCACCAGACAUUUUCAUAGGAAAUGUUUCAAAAAAUGCUUUACAGAAGACAAAACAAAGCAGUUGUGAAAUUAAAGCUGACUUUAACAGCACUAGUCAGAAACUUCGUCCAAAAUACCAACGUAAGAGAAAAUUACCAUGCAAAGAUUCACCGAUGGUUUUGGAACCUGGUCAUUCAAGUGCUAAUAGUUUAGCAAAAAGGUCAAUAGAAUCAAACUUAGACAACACUGGUGAAAUGGGGCACAGUAGAAAGAGGUUAAAAAUGAACAAGGAAAACAAUAUUAGCCAAGAUUUUAGCCCUCUGUUGCUGUGUGAAAGUGUAAUGGAAGUCAAAGAAGAUCCUAUUGUUAUAGAAUUUAAUCACUCAGAUAAAAGACCUUUCAAAACAAAUUUACAAGACCAGAGACCUAUACCAAAGCGUAUAGAUAACAUUUCUUAUGAAUUGCCCAAUAUAGCUCAGGAAUAUAAUUUGGAAAAACUCAAGAAAAAUCAUGUCCAUGUUACAUUAAUUCCUAAACCUAAUUCCACAAUAGAAAACUGCCCCCAAGACAUUUCUUCGGCAAAAGAGAUCAAAAUACAACAAAAAAUGAAUGUUAAACCCGGUGUAAUAAGUAAGAAAGUCCAUGAAUCCAUACCAUCAAACUUGAAUAGGGGCAAAGUAAAGUCUAGUCAUCCCUCUCCAGUAAUUUCAAAAUCUCGCUCAACUGUUGACUGUAUGAAAAGAAAUGUGCAAAUAAAAACAUCACAAAGUAAAGUUACCAGGCAAAGAAAGACUAAGCUAAAAUGUUCUGAACCGUGUUGUCAAUCUCAGGAUCAUCAGUCAAAAAGCCCCAGUAAAAGCACCGCACAUCACACACAUCACUGUAGAGUCACUUCAACUCCUGAAAAUCAUGUUCCUGUCGAAAAGGUUUGUUCAAACCAAAAAUUUGAAGUUGGUAGUUUGAAAAGUACAACAAAUCCCCGAGGCAGUAAGAUAAAAGCGAAACAUAACGAAACAAUGAUUGCCACUACCCUUAUAAGCCACAGUAUCAGCACAGAACAAUGUCAUACACCAUCGCCUUUAUUAAAUUCAAACAAUUCUAAAAAAAGGCCUAGUAAAAAGGCAUUGUCAAAAUCCAGUAGUGUAAAAAGGAAGAAAUCGCAAAAAAGGAAGACAUCACAAAGUAAAGCAAAGAGCAAAGAUAAUCAAAGCAAAGACAUUAAAGAUGACACACUAGUCAGUCCUCAACAAAAUCUCAGUUCCUUGAAACUGAACCAUGUAUCACAAAUUUUCAAAGAAGCUUCAGACAUUUUACCGUCUGUAACAUUUGAAAAUUCUAAAGCAAUGGAAAUCAUUGAUGAUACAAGUUCAUGUGAUCAGAAUAAAUUUGAACCCUCUCUUGACUGUGAUGAUAAUUAUUUUGGUUGUGAUGAUCGUUCCUUUGAUUCCGAUCAAGAAACUGAAUCAGAGAUCAAAGAACAAACAGAUCAUAAGCAAUCUCAACCCAAUCUAAAUUUUAUUAUUCAAAAUGGAGACAAUAAUCACAAUAAAGAAGGAGACAAAAUUAGUUUUAUUGAUUGUGACUCAAAUUUAACCCCUGUUAAUGGUAACAAAUCAGUAUUUGUAGAAAAUAAAGACAUGAUAGAUGGAAGCACAGAAGAAGAUCCGUUAAUUUGUUCUUCAACAGAAUCACAAAAGUUAGAACAUUAUGAGGAAGAAAGUCAUCACUUAGAUAAUAAGAUUUUAGAGAGCGACUCAAUACAAAGUUCUACUAAAACCUUUUCACAUGUUCAUCCACAUGAGAUUCAUUUCAAUUUAGAGAGCAAGGAUCAGAAAAACCAAAGGUUUCCAAAGGAUGAUCUACCAAAAAGAGUUAAUGAUACAGAAAAAGGAAAUUAUCCAAACGGCAACCUUCCAUCAUUUGAUUUGAAAGGGCUUCAAUCCCUAAAAAGAUGUUCCUUAAUAAGUCUUGAACUCAAAUAUGAUUUUGAAAUAAUGCCCACAUAUUCUCAAGAUGAUUCAACUAAAACAGGUAAUAAUACAAUUGAAUCAUGGAAAAGUAAACUUGAGACAAAUAUAGAUGAUAUUAUAAUAAUUGUGGAAAAACAGAAAGUAAAUCCAGUAUUAGUUGAUGACCUUGCAGAAGAGAAAGAUUCCUUGCAGUGUUUAGGACUGUCGUCUUCGAUUUUUGACGUCAGUGAAUCAGUUCAUGAAUCCAGUACAAAUCAGUUUGAAAGAAAAGGGGAUGAUUUAAUUGCACAAGUGGAAAAACCAAAAGAAAAUGCCUCUAAAGUUCAAAGUUCAGAAUGUUUUACUCAAAUUAUCAAGCCUGAACAAGAGGAAACAAGUUAUCAAUCAAAAGACUUCAUCAAAGAAGAAACAUGUGACCCGAUAAUGACUGGAGACCGGACAUUGCAACCAUUAUCUCUCAUCAACAAUAAGGAAUUAAAGGAAGAAGAUAAUUCUGAAUCUCAUCUGGUUUGGAAGCAUCCUGACACAAACAUUUACAGUACAUACGGAGAGAGUCAUACCCAGAAAGGAUUGAAGGAUACAAACGAGAUGCAAUCACAAGAAACUCCUGUUCUAAAGGUUUUUCUUCCUCGCUUGGAAGAUGAAGAAUUUUACAAACAUUGGAAGGAGACUGGUGUGAUCACAUUGCCGAAAGAUUCUUUUUCAAAAGAAGCACUACUACCUCGGAAUAUUUUACUGGGAACCAGCAACAAAAAUUACCAAAAAAUAAGAAAGAGUUUUAAAUGUCAAGUGUGUAAGAUUUCCUUUAAAAAUAAAGAAAGGUACUGGGAACACAGAGCUUCUAAAUGCGACAGAGUACGAAUAUUUGGUUGUGAAAACUGCAAUAGGAAAUAUAUUCUCAAGAAAAUGUUGGAAGAGCACAGAAAAAAAUGCAACUCGGUAAAAUACUACAGAUGCCAAAGAUGUCUGAAAGUGUUCAAUAGUGAAGAGCGGCGAGACGAGCACACUGCCUCAAUGUGUGACACUCAGAAAGUGUUUAAAUGUGAUGAUUGUGGAAGAGGAUUUAUUUUCAAACGGUUAUUUCUACUACAUACAACUCCAGUUUGUACUAGUCUAAGACCUUACACGUGUUCAAUUUGCCUUCAAUCAUUUGACAACCGUUCACAGUUGCAAGGUCAUAAAAUUAAAGAACACCAACAGGUUUCUCUAGUCUUGUGCGAGUUCUGCGGCAAGUUUUUGUCCCGAAAAUGUUUCAGAUCACACUUGCAUAUCCACACCAAUGUCCCUGUCUACAGAUGCAAAUUGUGUGCCGGUACAAGAAUCUUUUACUCCCAACAAGAGCGGCACCAUCAUUAUGUAAAUCUGCAUCGUGACUUUGAGCCUUAUGUUUGUGCAGAUUGUGGUAAAUCUUUUCUAACUCGCAAUGGCCUCAAAAGGCACGUUCAAGGAUUGGGAAACUUGUAUAAAUGUAUUGUAUGCGAGAGAGUUAUGAGAAACCAAUUUUGUUUCCGUGCUCAUAGACGAAGCCAUAUAAAAAAAGAACCUAUUGAUGCUCAUGAACAAGGCCAUGUUAAAACAGAAGUAAUCGAUGAGAAUGUAAAAUUUCAGAUCAAACUUGAGGUGCAUGAUGAAGAAGAUGGCUCACAAUGUAGUCUUGAUAACAAACCUUUGAAAUGCACGGAAUGUGAAGAAAUCUUUUUGAAAAGAAUCUCAUUUCUUCACCAUAUACAGAAUGUACACCAAACAACAGUGAUUGAUAUAAAAACUGAGGAGCAUGAAGAUUAUGCAAUAGGAAUCCCAAAACUAUUCAAAUGUCACAAAUGUACAUCUUGUUUUUCACAAGAAAUAUACUUGAAUUAUCAUUUAGAGAAAUAUCACAAUGCACCUUUUGAGACAAAACCAACCAUUGGUUUUCCUUACAAAUGUGAAAAGUGUACUAAAAGCUUUAAAAACCGAGAUAUCCUCAAUCGACACCGCAGAGGAGUACACAAGGCGGUGACAUUUGUUAGAGAAAUCGUCAAGACACCAACUCAAGAUAAACCUCAUGCUUGUAGAAUAUGUGGUACCUGUUUUAACAAUAAAAUGAACUUGAAUCGUCACAGCAAACGAAUGCACAAGGUGUCUCUGUCUGUGAAAGAAAUUCAUACUACUCCAACCCUAGAAAAGCCCUAUCCAUGCAAUGAUUGUGGAAUUUAUUUUGGCAGCAAGAAAAAUCUUGGUAGACAUAGAAGACGUGUGCACUUUAAAAAAGCUGGACAAUCGUAUUCAGAUUCACUGUUUCCGUGUGCGUUUUGUCAUGAAACAUUCAAAACUAAAGAUUUGUUUCAAGAGCAUACCGUUGCACACUUGAAACAUAGUUUUGAAGUUGAAACCGUUGCAACAGAAGUUAAAGAGGAAGUCAACUCUUCUCAAGUUGAAAGUAUAAAUUUAGAAAACAAUAUUAAAUCUCCAAUCCAAGAAAGAUCUUACCCCUGUGAAAUUUGUGGAAAACAAUUUGAGAAGGAGAAAAACCUGAGAAGGCAUCGUAGACGUACCCACCGAUUGCCAGUGAAUUAUCCUGAGAUUGUUCACCGUUGUUCCUCAUGUAAUGAUAAGUUUAACACUAAUGCUGAAUUAGAGACGCACAAUUGCAAUCAUAUCCAAAAUGGAUUUUCAUCAAGUACAAUUGUUGAUCAAGAAAACAACCCCUCAGAUGGUACUCAUGCAGAAAAAGAUGAUACAAGAUUCUCAGAUAGCCGAUUUGACCACUCCGAUGCCAGAUUGCUAAUUGUUGAUAGCAUCAAAGAGGAAGACGCAGUUAGCUCUAAUCAAGUUAAUGGAACCCCGAUCGCCCUACCUCAGGUUAAAAACUUUUCAGUUACUAGUCAUGAUCCUAAACCCAAAAAAAUCAUUUGCAGGGAAUGUGGUAUGUCAUUCAAUACAACAUUUAGUAGAAAACGACAUGUUUGCAUCCAUAAGAUCAACUCUCUGCAAAGCACAAUAGGGCGAGAUAUCCACGCCUGUAAAGAAUGUGGUGUAAUCUUUUUUGAGCGAUGGAGGUUGAAUACACACAUGCUUUCUCACAGUUCGCAUUCCUUUAAAUGUGAUAUUUGUAAAAAAUAUUUCGCCUCACAGGAAAAACUUAAUUUUCAUAUGCCUGUACACGACAAGAAGACAACCAACAAUCCUACUUUUAAAUGUUCAACUUGUAAAAAGUUGUUUGCCUCGAGUGAGAAAUUGGAGAACCACUCGAUUCUCCAUACAGACUUGAAUCCUCACAAAUGUACCAAAUGUGAUAGAAAGUUCAUGAAUGCGUACUCCCUAAAAAGACACACUCAGAGUGCACAUGGGGAUCGAGGAUUUUCCUGUAAUUACUGCAAAAUGUCUUUUGUUUCUUUCUCAUCAGUCAGUCAACACGCAAUGUCCGUGCAUAAGAAAAGUGUCUCACUUACCGAGUAUGUCAUGAACAUUGACCAAGACUUUCAAGAUAAAACUCCUCCCGAAGCUGACAACCUGACUUUGUAUAAUCUACAGGGUGAGAAUAUAACAGAAAUCAACCUUCAACCUCACUUGUUUGAAAACUUGAACACCUUCUUGUCACUCACAAAUUUUCUUGGUGAUAAUCCCCAACAGUCAGAGCAACCACCUGAUUCACAACUAGAACUUGCUGACGACAAUCAGGUAACUUUUUAUAGGUCUGGAGUAACAGAAGGUGUACCACCGCUUGUGGUCUCAACAGAAAUUGAGGAUGGAUUAUUGGAUAGAUCACACGAUUCUUAAAGUUAUUAUGUAAAUUUUAGGUUAAUUGACCAAAUUAUUGUAUAAAGUGUACAUUUUGUAAUAGUUUUGAAGAUUUUUGCAAAAAGUUAGUUAUUCAUUUUUAUAAAUAUGUAUAUUUGAUUAUAUUUUAAGGAACCAUGAGUUAGUUGUGAUGAUCAAUCAUGUAAUCAUGUUAAUUAUUUAGAAGUCUAUAUACUGUAGAUCAAUGUUAAUUUUACGAUAAUGAUCUGUUGGUGUUAAAUGUAAACAAGACAUUUGCAGCUAUUAUUGGUUAGUAUAAGGUUUAUUAGCCUUGCUGUUUGGAGGUGGAUAAACAACAUCAUACCCUUUAUUUUUGUAGUAGGUUCUUGUAAAUUCAAUCUUUUUUUAUGAGGUUAACUGCAGACAAACUUGGUAGAAAAUUUUUAACACUUACAUUUUAACAUAAAUAUUUACUUCCAAAAUUGGUCAGAAUUCUGUUCUAAAAAAUAAAACAAGCUUGUAUGUAUAAUGUUCCAUAGUCGUAAAACUUUUUGAAUAUACGUUACUCGAUAUAUAAUUGAUAAAAAUUUUUUAAUAUCACUUAUCACGAUUAACAUUUUAUCCUGUAGUUUUGUAUUUUAUAAAACCUUUAAUGAUACAAGGACUUUCAAGUAAGUAAAGAGCACGUAAGGAGUUAAAAAUGAUUUAUUACUAAUUCGAACAAUAUCUGGUAAUCAGGUACUAACAUCAAUUUCAGAUUAACUUAAGUUCUGUUGUAUUAAUAUUAAGUUGUUUUACUUGUAUAUCUACACAUGUAUUUGUAUUUUAAUUACAUAUAUGUAUGAAAUUAUUUUAUGCUUUGUGAAUAUGUCCAUCACGCAUUUUUGUCCUGUACUUAGAUAGUUAAACAUUAAUUUUACAAAAAGCACUACUUCAGUCAUACUUAUUGCAGAUAUUUUUGUUACUACCUUUUUUUAUUUAAAAACUAAUAUAAUAUUGCAUACAUUAUUUAUAAAUAAUAAUUUGUUAAUUUAAAGUUUAGCGUUUUUAUGAUUUUUUUACAGUUUUGUAAAGGCCUGUUUGAGAAUUUUCUUAUAAAGUAGGAUUUAUUUCAGAGAUAUUGCUAUUCAAUGUCUAAUAUUAUCCUGGACAAGGUUUUAAUAUGAUUUGUUAUGGUAAUAUUCAGUUCAUUUAAACAAUUUCCACGUAAUCAUAAAAUCAUUUUGGUAUCAAAUAUCAAUAUAAGUAUUUCUCUUAUUUUUAGUAGAUAAAAAAGACAAGAACCUUCCAUGUAUUCUUAUUGUACAUUAUAGUAACACGGGAUUUGAUAUGUGCCUUAAUGAAUAUGACAGUAAUGUAAAAAGUGUUAAUGUUAUUUGGUUCUGUUACCGAUUUAUUUAAAUUUUAUACAGUGUUAGAAGGACAUGUUGUUUUUAAAGGUGCUCUAUUUUCUCAGCCGAGUUGUCUAUAUAAUUGUUAUUUCAAUAAA